GCCGCAGAUGGAGGCCGCCGCUCGGGGGGAGCCGAGGCCGAGGCCGGGGCCGGGGCCGCGGGUGCUGGAGCUGUACAGCGGUAUCGGGGGGAUGCACUGGGCGCUCAGAGAAAGUUGCAUUCCUGCAGAAGUCAUUGCUGCGAUUGACAUCAAUACUGUUGCUAAUGAAGUUUACAAGCACAAUUUCCCUAGCACACAUCUCUAUCCCAAGACAAUUGAAGGUAUGACACUGGAUGAUUUCAAUCGAUUGGACUUCGAUAUGAUCCUCAUGAGUCCUCCUUGCCAGCCAUUUACGAGAAUAGGGUCACAAAAGGAUGUAUUGGAUCCUAGGACAAAGAGUUUUUUGUAUAUCCUUGACAUACUUCCAAGACUUUCAAAGACACCAAAAUAUAUUCUUCUAGAAAACGUCAAGGGAUUUGAAACUUCUGUUGCUAGAGAUAAAUUGAUACAGACACUGGAGAGCUGUGGGUACAAUUACCAGGAAUUCCUUCUGACUCCAACAUGUCUGGGCAUACCAAAUUCAAGACUGCGGUAUUUUCUAAUUGCAAAGCUUCAGCCUGGCGCUUUCUGCUUUCAAACCGUUAACUGGAUACUAGAAGGCUUCCCUCACCAUGAACGUGAUGAUUGGAAACAGUCUAAGCUGCCCAGUUCAGAUCAAACAUUGUCCACUGGUGAUCACACAGAGAAGCUGAAUAACUCUGAAUGUGGACAUGCUGACAACAGCAAAUGCCAAGAAAUGGAGACUUUAAUUUAUAAAUUAGAAACGUCUGGACACUUGGAACGAAAACUAAAGCAGAACAAUAAUUUAUCCAUUCAGAUGAUUCAAGAUUUUUUGGAGGAGAAGUUGCAGAAUCCAAGCCAGUAUCUCAUAUCUCCGAAGGUCUUAAUGCGCUAUGCUUUGGUACUAGAUAUAGUGGGGCUGACCUGCAGGAGAUCAGUAUGCUUCACUAAAGGAUAUGGUCAUUAUGCUGAAGGAACUGGUUCAGUAUUGCAAACUGCGUCAGAUGUAGAGCUUUCCACAGUCUUUCAGGAAUUUGAAACUCUGUCAGAGAAUGAAAAGCUGGCCCAGUUAUCAAAAUUAAAACUACGAUAUUUCACUCCAAGAGAAAUAGCGAAUCUCCAUGGAUUUCCUGCAGAGUUUAAUUUUCCUGAGAAAAUUUCAGUGAAACAAAGUUACCGUCUACUGGGAAACAGCCUUAACAUCCACGUUGUAGCCAAACUGAUUGAGCUGUUGGUACAAUAGCAUCUCGAAAGCAUCGUUUUAAAGUUUUAUAAUGUGUAAAAAUAAAUAUAUGAAAAUGUUUAUUUUGUUACUUCACAAGUGAUAAGUAAACAAUAGAUCAUAUGAAAUAGGCGCCAUCUUUUGAUGAUUAGUCACUGUGUUAUCAAAAUUAAUGUUCAAAUGUGGAUAUUGAAUUAUGCUUUGUUGAUGAGUAAAAUAAUCCUUCCUUACAUUUAACAAAAACUUUAUCAACAUUGCAUGCUGAAUAUUUUGUUUUGUAAUUGUUAGGCCUCUUAUUCAGCACACAUUCAUCUCUCAACAUAGUAAGAUUUUAAUUGUUAAAUAGUGAUUCCUGUCUAAACAUCAAAUGAUCUUUAAGCUUUGUAUUUCAGUAAAACUCAAUGGCAGAAAAUGCUUGUAUUGCAUCACAGAACAGAUAAAAUCUUUCUUUACAAGCCUG